UUUGUUGAUGAAGAAAGACACUUUGAGUGAGAAGGAAACACUUUCCAACAUGGCAGAGUCUGUGUUGGCUAUCAGUUCUAUUCAUCGGUUGGGGUUCAUGCUUAGAGACAUUAAACCGGACAAUCUCUUGCUGGACAGCAAUACUUACUCUACUGUUGGUACUCCUGACUACAUUGCUCCUGAAGUCUUCGUACAGACAGGCUAUACAAAGUCGUGUGACUGGUGGUCACUAGGAGUCAUCAUGUAUGAGAUGUUGAUAGGGUGGCCGCCGUUCUGCUCAGAGUCACCACAAGAGACAUACAAGAAGAUUAUAAAAUGGAAAGAGAAUUUGGUAUUUCCUCCUGAGAAUCCGAUAUCUGCCGAGGCUUGUGAUCUCAUACUGAAAAUGUGUACAUCUCCUAAUGUAAGAAUCGGAAGGAAUGAUGUGACUGAGAUACAAUGUCAGCCAUUUUUUCAUGAUGUUGACUGGGAACACAUUAGAGACCGUCCAGCUGCCAUUCCCAUCACUGUGAAGUCAAUUGAUGAUACAUUAAAUUUUGAUGAGUUUCCAGAUCUUGAACUGAAAAACAAGGGUCACAUAAAGUUGGCUGACUUUGGUUUGUGUACAGGACUAAAGAAGGCACACAGAACGGAGUGCUAUUGAGAUCUGCCAGCUGAAAAUUUUGGUUGGUAGUAAUGACGUCAUUUUGUUUACAAUUUACAGUCAAUUGCAUGUGAAUAUGAGUGGAGUGAUAGCUGAAGGGAGGGAGGUGAUGGUGUGGGUGUUAGGUUUCAUUGAAAUUGUUGUUGUUCAAGAGCAGACGGAUUUGAAGAAGCGAGUGCAGAAUUGGAAGAAGACAUUCCAGGUUGCACCUCCAGAGAAGUUCGACUUCUCGUCCCCUGAGAAAAUUCUAGAGAUUCCGAACCGCCUCGGGAUGCCAAGUUGUCUGAAGCGUUGCAGAUGCACUCGGAUUUGACUCUUUCGACGGCAAUAGUGAAAGCUGAAGCCAUAAAAGGGCAGCAGAUAGUCGUCAGAAAGGACCUUUGGAAUCUGAGAAGCCAACAGAGAUAGAAGCAGCUCAGGUAGGUGCGAAGCGAUUGCCAACAGGGCAACGAAAAAGCAAGCCGGCACGUUUCCCAGCUCGUCAAGCGAGGACGAAGCAGUAUUGCAUGGGGCAGCCUGCGAUUGAAAAAAAUUGUUAUUGUAAACAAAAGAAGUGCAUGAUCACUAGAGAUGGAGGACCAGAAAAAGAGAUUCAACAAACGACACGGUAUACGUACCAAAGUGCUGAAACCUCUAGCCGAAGGCACUACUGUUGAGUGACUGACACUGAGACAGACAAGAAGCAAGAAAGGUACUAUAAGAAGAAUCAACAGCAUGCAAGGUCAUAUCUGGUACAAACUCCAUUUACAACUGUUGGAAGAAACAGGCGACACCUCUAGUGAACAUUCUACCAUCACAGCAGCAUGAGAAGCCUGAAAAGACACCCCACUUCGACUACUACCCAAGAGGGCGGAGUCCAACAGAAUUCGCCAACAGCGAGGACAAGGAGUGGAAGACGAGUAGUGACACCUAAACGUUUAGAUUUAUAGAAAGUAAAAAGUAGUGUUGCAUGCUUUGAGAAGGGAGAUGUAGGGUAAGACAGUUCUUGACUUGAGAAAGGGGGAUGUAUUAGAGGUUACUGGAUUGUGUUGGCCACUUCUAGGGGAGGGACCAUAGUUAAGUGUGUAUGGUUGAUUUCGAGUGAAUACAGACUGUCGGUUG